GUUGUGGAUAAGCUGUUUCAAGUUUCUAGUAAUUUUGCCUCGGAUCCUAUUACUCCAGCUAAACAAUGGGAGGAGUUCCAGGAGAUUUCUGGUUUGGUGGAACGGGUUCGGGAGAUCGAAUCAGGGCAUUCCAUGUGUCGAACCCUUCCUGAUAGAAGAUCUGCUGUUAAACCCUUCACGGCCUGGCUAGAAGGUCUAGGAGCGGAUAUUAAGAAGGUUGAGAUAGCAGAUUACGGAGUUCAAGGAUUAGGUCUGCGUGUUACUGAAGACAUGGUUGAAGGAGAAGAGGUGAUCAAGAUCCCCCAAAAAGCCAUGAUGUCCGUUGAAACAGCUAAAUCUUCCUCUAUCGGAUCCCUCAUUGAGAGAGAUCCUUUACUGCAAACCAUGCCAAAUGUAGUUCUAGCAGUUCACCUGUUGAUAGAACGGAAUUCUCCUGCUUCUAUCUGGGAACCUUAUAUCAAUAUCCUUCCACACUCCUACUCCACGGUUCUCUACUACUCUCCCAAACAACUGGAAGGAUUAAAAGGAUCUCCUGCUAUGGAGGAUGCUCUAAAACAAUACAAGUUUGUUGCGCGUCAAUAUGCGUAUUUUUAUCGUCUGUUUGCAAACACCAUGUUGAAAGAUUAUCUGACCUUUGACGAGUAUAGGUGGGCGGUAUCAACUGUGAUGACGAGACAGAAUGUUGUUCCCCUUAAGGAAGGUCCUGGAGAGUGUAAUGCUUUAAUUCCGUUCUGGGAUAUGGCGAACCAUGACGAAGGUCAGGUCUCAACAGAUUAUGAUAUUGAAAACCAUUAUUCUAUCUGCUACGCACAACGUAAGUUUACUAAAGGAGAACAGCUGACCAUCUUCUACGGAGUUCGUGCAAACUGUGAUCUUCUUAUACACAACGGUUUUGUGUUUCCAGAUAAUCAGGAGGACUGUCUCACUCUCCGUCUUGGUGUCGCAAAAACUGACGCACUAGCCGCCGCCCGCCUCGCCUUAUUGGAGAAGGUUGGGGUUGUUAGUCAGAAGUUUUAUCUGAACAGGACUGAGGAACCUUUGGACGGAAAGCUAGUCGCUUUUCUCCGGGUUCUACAGAUGGAUCAAACCCAGCUGACAGAGUGGCAGGAUAAGGAGCAGGCGGAGAAUAUUCUAGACUUAAAGAUUGAGUUAGAUGUAGAUAGUAAAGCUAUGCAGUAUAUGAUAACUCGGUGUGCCCUUCUCCUCAGAGCUUACCCAACCACACGCGAGCAAGACGAGCUAAUUAUGAAGGAAUUAAAGGAUGAUAAGGACCGAUCAACCUGCCAGCUGCGUAUGUGUGAGAAGGAUAUUCUGAUUAACUGUGUGAAGUACUGCGAACAGAAACUGAAAGCUCUCAACAACAAACAAUAAAUCAAGAUAGAUUUAAGCACACAGUAAAAUCAGUGGAAAGACAUCUCAUCGUUGAAUUUGUAACUCAAAGAAAAAUAGCUGAUUUUGAGAAAUUAAUUUAAGUUUUGGAUAAAAAGUAUUAAUAAGAAAUACUGAAAUAGUUUUGUCCAGGUUUACAACACCAGCAAUUAACUAAAAAUACUACGAUGAGAAUCAGAAAACUGUGGAAGCGAAAGACGACUUUAAGACUCAAGUUAUGACUUGAAAUAAUCCAUUUGACAUGGGCACAGCAAUUAUGCAGUGUGCACAGUACACUAACAUUGUUACAAUGUCGUCUUCCUAUUCCACAGUUUUCUGGUUCUCCUUGUACAAAAUUCAAGCCCUUAAACACCUUUCUAUCCUUGCAGUCAAUAAUUAACUAAGUUGUAUAUAUGAAAAUGAAAAAGAAUUAAUUCCAUCCAUUUAAAAUCUA